UUUGUUUUCCCCGCUGAACGUGAGCUGGUGUGCAAGACGUCCUUAACGAGUCUUUGUUCACGUUAAAAACAAAAGGUAACCUUGAAACCAUGAGUUCUGUCAGAAAAGUAAAGCUAAAUGAAAAUCCUGGUGAGAACCUGAAGAGAUUUUUUGCUGUACAGACAUCAAAUGUAUCUACAGGAAGAACACCACUGCAAGUCCUUCAGCCUGCUGCAGUCAAUAAGACCCUUGGAAAGAUAACUGAGCCUGGAAAGACGGUGUCUAAAAGGAAAUUGUGGAGUGCAGACCAGGUAAAGGCUUCAAAGAGGGUUAAAGCUGAAGUGGCAGUAAAGACCAUAGAUGCUGAAAAUGAAAACCAAGCUGAUGGAGUGUCACAGGAAGCUUACGAGCUGAUGAUUAAAGAAACCCCCACAUCUGCUUACUGGAAAGAGUUGGCAGAGGAACGGAGGAAAGCCCUGUUCAACGUUCUUCAGGAGAAUGAGAAGUUGCACAAAGAAAUUGAGGCUAAAGACGAGCAGAUUACUAAUCUAAAAACUGAAAACGAUGAACUUCAGGAGCUAGCCCAGCACGUACAACAGAUGGCUGACAUGAUUGAGAGGUUAACAGGUAAAAGUCCAGAUAACUUGGAGGAAUUGCGGGAGAUUGCUUUUGAUGAUGAUGAAACGGAUGAGGAAGAUGCAGAGGAUAUUGAGGACUCGGAAGAUGAAUCUGAGUACCAAAGUGAAGAGAGUGAGGACAAUGGAAAUGAAACAAGUUCAGAAAAUUCACACAGUCAAGAAAAUGUGCUGGAACCAAAAGAUGAUUCUAUACUGGAUGCUGAAAAAUCUAAGUGAUCUUUUUAAAAACUUGACUUGAACUGCUGGUGUUUGACUUGUUUCAUGACUGCCCUUAUUGCAGGGUGUGGUUAUUUUUAUUGGUAUUUUUUUUUUUACCUAAUGUGCAUUGUUAUAAUAACUUGAUUUUUGAUCUGAAUGGCUGGCUAAUGUGAACACUGUACAUAUGUAAAAUGAACAUGUGCAUGAAUAAACUGCCAUAUUUUUAUAGA